AGCAGGCGGGGCGGGGCGGGGCGCCGAGGGCGGCUCUUCAGGCAGCGGCGCGGGUUGGGCGGCGGAGCUGUCAGUCAGCGGCCACCGCCCGCGCUUGCUGGCCAGUGCGGAACCUGCGGGUGGCGGGAGGUGCGUGGCGGCUGCUGCGGCUGAGGGGUGCCCGGGACCCGCCUGAGAGAGGAGAGGACGGGACAGGACAGGGCAGGACAGGACGACAGAGUACAACCCAAGCGUUACCGCCGCUGCUAAGGAGACGCUUCAGCUGCCUCCGGGCCAUAAGAACAUUCUGUGUGACUGAAGGAAGGUGCUCACACUUGUGGAGCUGCUUAUGAUGUCAAGAACUGUGUCAUCCUGGAUCUUAAGCUCAGCAAGAAACAGCGUUGUUUUACAGGGGAAAGGACGUUUGUACUCCAUCUGUGUCCCAAAUAGAAACCAGAUAAAAUGGAAGCUGCUUCUCUCCAAAACUCGUCUCUGCCCUGCCGGAAGCUGCAUCUCCAACGAUACUUUCCCCUUAAAGAAAGCUUUCCGGCACACUUCCACCGAAGAAGAGCAUUUCUCUUUCCAGCUGUCUCCAUCACAAAUCAAUGACAUACUCAGGGCGGGUGAAUUAUCCCAUAAGAUACUGGAUCUGGAUGGUAAAAAUGCAAACUCAGUGUUGAGGUUUGAAAGUAACCAGCUGGCAUCCAACAGCCCCAUCGAGGACCGCCGAAGCGCAGCCACUUGCGUGCAGACGAGAGGGAUGAUGUUUGGCGUAUUCGAUGGCCACGCGGGCUCGGCCUGUGCUCAGGCAGUCAGCGAGAGGCUGCUCCACUACAUAGCAGUUUCCCUCAUGUCUCGGCAAACCUUGGAGGAGAUUGAGCUGGCUGUGGAGGGCAUGAAGCCAGUUCUGCCCAUUCUGCAUUGGCACAAGCACCCAAAUGAUGUUGAGUAUCGGGAAAUCACUUCCCAGUACUUUGAGAACCUCCGGGUGUACUGGCAGCAUUUGCUGGACCUAGACAGCGAGCCGGGGUUUAGUUUAGAAGAAGCCAUGAUAUGUGCUUUUAAGAGGCUGGACUCAGACAUAUCACUGGAAGUUCAGGCUCCCCAGGAAAAUGAGUUGAUGAGAAAUGUUGCUCUCCAGGUAGCUUUCUCUGGUGCGACAGCCUGUGUAGCUCACGUUGACGGUGUCCACCUGCAUGUCGCAAACACUGGCGACUGCAGAGCGAUUCUGGGGGUUCAUGAAGAAGAUGGAACGUGGUCCACUCUGCCUCUAACCAGAGACCACAAUGCCUUUGAUGAAUUUGAAAUUAGGAGACUGAAGAGAGAACAUCCUAGAUCUGAGGAGAAAACCCUGUUUGUGAAUGACAGGUUGCUGGGGAUUCUCAUGCCCUCCAGAGCUUUUGGAGAUGUGCAAUUGAAGUGGAGUAAAGAGUUGCAACAUAGCAUUCUGGAGAACAGCUGCGAUGUGGAAGCUUUAAAUAUUUACCAGUACGUUCCUCCAAAUUACUACACACCCCCUUAUUUAACUGCAGAGCCUGAAGUCACAUACCACAAAUUAAGAAGCAAGGACAAGUUCCUAGUUAUUGCUUCAGAUGGACUGUGGGAGAUGCUAAGUAAUGAGAAGGUUGUAGACCUUGUUGCUGGACACCUUACAGAGCUUAAAGUUCAGAAACCACAGUUGGCUUUUGAGAAACCAGUUAAUUUGGGUUAUAUGCACAGCUUGUUACUCCAGAGGAAAAACAGAAGCGCUACCUCACUGGACCAGAACAUAGCCACUCAUUUAAUAAGGCAUGCAAUUGGGAGCAACGAGUAUGGUGAGGUGGACCCAGAGAAACUUGCUGCAAUGCUGACGCUGCCUGAAGACCUUGCCAGGAUGUACAGAGAUGAUAUCACAGUGACUGUAGUGUAUUUUAAUUCUGAAAGCAUUGAAAAUUACUAUGGGAACAAUAAUAAAUGUAAAUAGAGCAUUGCACUGCUGCUGUCCUCAACACUGAAACCAUCACUGGUUUGCUCUGAGAGUCAAGCUGCUGCCAGUGUAUUGGUCUGGAAGUUCCUGAAUUUUUUUGUUACUUACUAAUCUUGAAAAUCUAGAAGCACGUUUUGGUGAAAGUUUUCUGGGUUUCCAGGUCUGUACAAGCUGAAGAAAAAUGUUUUGAUACAAGUUCCCUGAAAUGUGACUGAGCUAAGAUUGCUGAGCUAGUUCUGAUUCCAUGGGACCUGCUGCUAAAAAGUUCCAGAUGAGCAAACAAGACAAAUUUCAGCAAGAUUGGUACAAGUGAAUAGAGAGGUGGAUAAUCCUUGUAGCUGCAUGGAGUGUAAGAAAGUCUCUGUUCUUGG